AUGUCGCUAUUCAACGUCAGCAGCGGUCUUCGUGCCGUCAUCCGACCUACGAUUGCGAGCUCUUCGCGAGCCACCGCCGCCUUCUCGACAACAGCGGCCGCACGUCUUGCCACGCCCACCAACGACAGCAACGUCGGCAGCUCUGGCAAACCUCAGCACUUGAAGCAGUUCAAGAUCUACCGAUGGAACCCCGACAAGCCAUCAGAGAAGCCUCGUCUUCAGUCAUACACCUUGGACCUCAACCAGACCGGACCAAUGGUGCUCGACGCUUUGAUCAAGAUCAAGAACGAGAUCGACCCUACCUUGACCUUUCGUCGUUCGUGCCGAGAGGGUAUUUGCGGUUCAUGCGCUAUGAACAUUGACGGUGUCAACACCCUUGCCUGCCUCUGCCGUAUCGACAAGGCUAACGACACCAAGAUCUACCCCCUCCCACACAUGUACAUCGUCAAGGACCUUGUUCCUGACUUGACUCAGUUCUACAAGCAGUAUCGAUCCAUCGAGCCUUUCCUCAAGUCCAAGAACGUUCCUUCUGAGGGUGAGCACUUGCAGUCGCCCGAAGAGCGUCGUCGUCUUGAUGGUCUCUACGAGUGCAUUCUUUGCGCAUGCUGCUCCACAUCCUGCCCAUCGUACUGGUGGAACCAGGACGAGUAUCUUGGUCCUGCCGUGUUGAUGCAGGCUUACCGAUGGAUGGCCGACUCUCGUGAUGACUUUGGUGAGGAGCGAAGACAGAAGUUGGAGAACACCUUCUCGCUCUACCGUUGCCACACCAUCAUGAACUGCUCCAGGACCUGCCCUAAGAAUCUCAACCCCGCCAAGGCCAUUGCUCAGAUCAAGAAGGACAUGGCGGUCGGUGCACCCAAGGCUUCCGAGCGUCCUAUCAUGGCCUCGUCGUAA